UCCACCGCGGCAGGUGCUCCGGCUGAAUGAGUCAGCAACCUGAAUCCUGUCAGUAGCAACUUUGAGACGGUGAUUAAUAACAUCCAGGAAUCCGGUUUGAUGAAUGAUUCAUGUGAAAGUUGAUGCUCGCGAGAAGCUUCAGACACACGCUCCAGCCCGCGCGAGAGAUGGCCUUCACCUGCACAAUCCCAACACCCCUCAUUACCUGUCUGAUCCAGGGCAGGAGGUGAAGAAGCGCCGGGCUCUGACUCACCCUAUUACUCACACAGUUAGCUCAGGUAUAAAGCAGCCUCAGGUGUGGAGCAGACUCAGGUGUUUAGUAGCUCAGGUGUGGAGCAGCCUGAGGUGUGGAGUAGCUUCAGGUGUGGAGCAGACUCAGGCUUAGUGUUAGCUCCUCUAGUGUCAGUCUGGUCUAUGCUGCCAAAAUAAUGUAGAAUUCUGGUUCGUCUGGCUGUGUUUGGAUGUUCACUGUGAAUCCUGCGCAUAUUUCCUCAGGAGGCUGCGGUAAGACUGAGGAAGAGGAGGCGGCGGGCUCGGAGGAGGAAGACUCCGCUUCUUUCCGCGGCAGCGGCGUCUGUAAGUGGUUUAAUGUGCGCAUGGGCUUCGGCUUCCUGUCCAUGACCAGCAGAGACGGCGCCGCGCUCGAGACCCCCGUCGAUGUCUUCGUCCAUCAGAGUAAACUCCACAUGGACGGGUUUCGCAGUCUGAAGGAAGGAGAGCCGGUCGAGUUCAGCUUUAAAAAAUCCUCGAAAGGCUUGGAGUCUCUUCGGGUAACUGGUCCAGGUGGAGCUCCGUGUUCAGGCAGCGAGAAAAGACCCAAAGGUGCCCAGAAACGCCGGUCAAAAGGAGACCGGUGUUAUAACUGUGGAGGACCAGACCACCAUGCCAAAGAAUGCCAGCUUCCUCCUCAGCCCAAGAAGUGCCAUUUCUGCCAAAGCAUGUCUCACAUGGUCGCCAACUGUCCAAUCAGAGCUCAGCAGUUGUCUCCAGGGUCUCAGGGAAAGCUCAGCUCUGCUCCGGGAGAGACGAGCCAGGCGCCGGAGAGCUCAGACUGAGGGGAGGACGGAAAACUCGGGGUUAAUCUAUUAAACUAAAUCGUCAAUCAGAGUUUCAGUGCUGCUAUAGGAAUUACCUCAGGUCCUUUUCUUUUUUGCCAACAGCAUGAUGAUUGUCCUCUCUCUGAUUUAAGAGCUGUUUUUAUUUUUGUUUUGUUUUUUAAUAAUUUAGACUGAAGAUUGUUACUGCUGCUGUUCUGAUGGAUCUUUUUCUCUUAACCGUAAUAAUCCUCAAAUAUUCACUUCCUUAAUGCAAAACAGGAGAUGCAGAGUAAUGCACUAAAAUGUGAAUACAAUGCAGAUAUUCACUAUUCGUAAUUCCUAAUGUGUAGACCUGCUAAUACUGAGAUAGACACGUUUACAAAAAAAUAAGGAAAUUGGCAUUAAUAUUAGAUAAACAUUUUCAGAUUUAGAAAUAUUGAACACAGUAAAAUUUAAACAUUAGCUAAUAUCAGUUAUUCCAGUCAUAUGAAGCCCUGAGAGGGAAGUGGUGUUUUUAGGAGGGAUUUGUGCAGAGAGACGAGCUGGCACUUUAGUUAGUAAAGUGUCUUAGAUUUGUAUUGAAACAAUCAAAGUUCAUAAUGUUUACACCUUGCAAUAAAUAAGUCUGGAGGGUUUGACACUUUUUGGAGGAAAGGAGGAAGAAAAACUAGAAUAUUAUUCCAAUAAUCAGGAUCAGUGUUUACCCAGAGAGUUUAAACCUCUUAAAUCCCUUUAUUAGUGAUGCUACAUCUGGGUUAGGGUGCGUGAGAUUUGCAAUAAAUAUAAUAUAAAAAAGUUUUGAGAAACAGGCUGAAGUUAAACACUGACUUUAGCUCUAUUUGGAUGGGAUUAGUAUCUCAGGGGGCGUCUGUGAUAAAUAUUUCACACUUCUACUCUUUAGUAAUAAAACUCCUGCAUCCGGACUGCAAUUAUAAAAACAAGAGGAUCAGUGAGUUUUUAGGCAAGUUUUCUCGGUCACAUGACAUCACAGCGAUCAGUAGCUCCUCCAUUUCCACUCGCUGUUGUGUUUUUAAUGUGGAUCUCCGUGGAAACCGUGGAGCGCCCAAAGUGUAAUUACGGUGCGCAGCAGUGGACAAAUAUCUAUUUUAUUAAAGGCGAGGAGACGAAACUCAGAGAUGUGCGUCCGGACGGGCCUUUAGUUGUAUAUAAGAGCCAUGGCAGUUAUUGUUCUUAUUGUUGUUGGUAACUAUUUAUCUAUAGUUAAAUUGUUGUAUUGUACAACCAAUCCCUCAUUCCAGUAAAUCAGGGCUGGUUGUAUUUGUAAUUUGGAAGCUGUUCAGAGAGACGUAGCGGGAGCUCGUAGUUUGUGAAGGAGAUUUACGUUUGUUUUUUUAUUCCAGGAAAAGAGUGAACUAGUUCCUCAAGUCUGGACUGACUCUGAUUUUAUUAUUGGUUUUGAUGUAAAUAUAAAACUGUAAACUUUGUAAACCAUGAUUAUUUAUUUGUAGCUCACAAGUAUACCUCAGUUAGUUAAUUAGUUAAUUAUAAUUGAUUAUUAUCUGUCCAAUCACAGUUUGAGCCAUGCUUGUGUCUAUCCUAAUACAGGGCCAGUAUUUACUGCAGUAUUACACAAGUUCUAAUAAAUAAUAAUAAUAAUAAUAAUAAUCUUUCUAAUCGAAUCGUUUUCAGACACUAGAAUGCUGCUCUGAAUGCAGUUCAGGGUUUGGAGAAAUUCUCAGGCUUUUUUUUCUCAGGGAAACAAUCAAACGAACUUUUGGUAACUAGAAAGGGAGGGACAUUUAAAAGUUGAGGGAUGGAUAUUAAAACCUAAAUUAAAGAUUUAGAGCUUCAUUAAAAACUAAAUUUUAGCAUCUGGAUCUUACCUCCCGUACUUUACCAUAAUAUGCACAUGUAUUAUAAUUAGGGCUGUCACAGUUAUUUUAGUUAUUGAGUGAUGAGGUGUAACAGUGUGAAAUAUGAUCAACAAAACUAUCAGACGUUAAAAUGUUAAAAUCGGCUUAAUGAUGUUUUAAUAAAGAAGGUUUUUGAUGAUGUAAAAAAAACAUUUAUGUCCAAAAUGAGAAGGGAAAAAAAGAUUCUACUAAUAUGUUGCUAGACAAUAUGAAAAUAUUUUAUCAAUAAAAUCAUAAAGGUCUUGUGAUACAAUUUACAAUAUACUUUUCUGAACCUAUUGUGGAAAUCGCCAGUGCCCAAUACAGAGAGUGUAAUUAGUCCUGUUUAAUUGGAUAAAGUUAAUCAGAUUUAUAAUAAAAAUAUAUGGGAUUAUUAAAUAGCAGGAUGUCAAAAUAUUGUGAGAAAUUGCCUCCACUCGUUUUGGUUGUGGAUGUUUCUAAUGAAACCUUUAUUACAAUUUGUUGAGUUACAGAUUAAUUUAAUUUAGUAAUUGUGACAGCCCUGAUAAUGAUAAACUGUGAAGAAGUUAAUGCAAAUUUAUGAUGCCAAUCAAUCAACUUGUGAAAUCAACCAAUACCAGCUCUAAUAUUAUCGUACGUUAUUCUUGUAUAGAGACAUUGUUUCUUUACCAGUAUAGUAAUAUAAGUGUUUAAAUCUGGGAGUGCAUGGUAGUUGGUGUUCGAGUAGAGUAGAGUAGAGUAUAAUAGAGUAGAGUAGAGUAUAGUAGAGUAGUGUGGUGUGUGGUUAUUAGGGGUGAUGGAUUGAGGUCAGUCGGAGCUUCACAUCCAGCAGCUUCUCAGUUUAAGUGCCAAUAAUCACUAAUGUCUCGCUGGUGAGACGUUAAUGAAACUGAGCGUUUCCUGCGUCUCGGCUGUUCUCCUGUUUAUUGGUGUUUUAGGAAAAGUGGGAUCGGGUGUUUUUUAUUUUCUUUUUAAAAUAACAAGGCCUUUACCUUGUUCAGAUUCUAUACAAGUCUACCUCAGGAUGUACUAAAUGGAUACGGACACUGACGAGUCCAGCCCGGCUUUAUUCAAUGGGCCUCUCUAGAACAGUGCGCUGUCCAUCUUAGUGUGUGUGUGUGUGUGUGUGUGUGUGUGUUUCUGUGUGUGUGUGUUUCUGUGUGUGUGUGUUUCUGUGUGUGUGUGUUUAUCUGUGUGUGUGUGUGUGUGUGUGUGUGUGUGUGUGUUUCUGUGUGUGAGUGGUUUUUUUUAAGUUUGUGUAUUUAGUAUUAAAAAUAUUUCAAGUAUAAUAAUAAAAGGCCACAUUUAUGAUUCAGAAUCCAGAUGUUUGUGUGAAAUUUACUUUGAUGGUAAAAUUAUCUGCAGAUAACUUCAGCAACCAAACAUCAAAACAAAAGCCAGACUCUCUCUUAUCUUUUGUUCCAGAACAGACAACACCCAUCAGACCCAUACAGAUACAAAAGCUGCUAAAAUACGGUCUUCAGGACCGUGAGCACCGUUACUGUUUCUGUUUCUAAACCAAAGACAAAAUAAUAAACAGCCUUAGAAAAGCUGUUAAACAUCCGAAUACAGGAGAUAAGCCUCAUAUCUCAAUUUAGAACUUCAUUAAUUUAGAAUCACUGCUUUUAAAACAAGGUUUUUGAACAGUGGUGCUGCUCAGGGCUUUUUUUUGUUUCAAACACUAGCAGAAAGUGUGUGUGUGUGUGUUUGUGUUGUUGUUGUUAUUCUGGAUGAUUUGGGGGUGUGUUAGUGUGGUGGGGGGGUGUGGUCAGUACUGUUUAUUACAUUCAGUGUUUGAGGAAAUGAACACUUUUCUAUUCAAGUGACCAAAGAAUGUAAAGCCGUGUAAACUGUGGUGAACCAGUGGCUCGAUUGCAGAGUCUGGUCUGAACAGCCUCUGUAAUUUAUACCCAAAUAUGCGGGUUUUAAACUGUUACAAAACUGUUUUAUUUUCCAUUUUUUAAAUAUUGUGACAAAGCAUGCAAAGAAUGUUGUGACCAAGAAUGUGUUUGUGUGAUUAUUCACUGAUAAAUAUCUUUAAAUAUCA